CCCUCUCUAUUGGUCGAGCUUCCUUUUCCUUGACUUGAUGUCGGCAGUCAUUUUAUGUAUUUUUUUUUGUUGCUUCUAUCGUCCUUCCCUUUAAGAUAGAUGAAACGUUGUUACAUAUCUCAGUGAACGUUGCUUCAUGACAUCUCUAGGUGAAGAGUCAGUUGAUAGAAAUGUAGGCUUUCGGUGAAGAUUACUCGGGUAUUUUCAUAGAAAGACUGCAGGAAGAGAAGAGAGGGAGAGAGCGAGAGGAGUGUUUCAUUGUGACAACCGAAGUCUAGCCUACAGGAACUGCAGCGCUACAGCCAUGGAUGUAGACGUGGUGAACAUGUUUGUCCUGGCGGGAGGAACUCUAGUCAUCCCUAUCCUGGCCUUCUUUGCCUCAUUCUACAUGUGGCCUGCUGCUAUCAUCCAUGUCUACAACUGGUACUGGCGUCGGCGGCUGGGCCUGCAGGUUGUCUACUCUGAGAACAGAGGCUACCGGUUCUGUUACUCCCACAGAGGGAAGCCUGGUCCGGGCCGCCCCACUAUUCUCAUGCUCCACGGGUUUUCUGCUAACAAGGACAUGUGGCUGCCUGUGGCUAAGUUCCUGCCCAAGCACCAGCACCUGCUGUGCAUUGACAUGCCCGGACACGAGGGCACCAGCCGAACCGAUGCCAGAGACUAUUCCAUAGAGGGACAGGUCAAGAGGAUACGACAGUUCGUGGAGAGUGUCCGUCUGACCAAGAGGCCCUUCCAUCUCGUGGGCACCUCCAUGGGAGGAAACGUAGCUGGAGUGUACGCAGCCCGUUACCCCAACGACCUUUGCAGUGUCACCCUCAUCUGUCCGGCAGGUCUUCCUACCGAGAGUCCGUUUGUGGAGCGUCUGAGGGAGUUGGAGAAGGACCAGGAACUGAGUGGGAGCCUGGAUCCCCAGGGCAUCCCUCUGAUCCCCUCUACCCCAGAGGAGAUGGACGAUAUGCUCAAACUCUGCUCUUUCGUACGCUUCAAGAUCCCUCAACAGAUUCUUCAGGGAUUGGUGGAUGUUCGAGUUCCAAACAACGACUUCUACAGAGAGUUGUUCAUGGAGAUCGUAGGAGAGAAGUCCAGACACUCCUUACAUGAGAACAUGCAUCUAAUCACAGUCCCAACACAGGUCAUCUGGGGGAAGCAUGACCAGGUGGUGGAUGUUUCUGGAUCAUCUAUGCUGAAGGAGGCCGUCUCUGGCUGUCAGGUGGACCUGCUGGACAACUGUGGUCACUCUGUGGUGAUGGAGCGACCUCGCAAGACAGCUCAGCUCAUCAUGGACUUUAUCAAUAACCAACACAACACUGGCUCUGGCUCCAACAAGAAACUCUCCUGAGACUGACUACCUGGAGCUUAGACUUUAUAGUGCCCGUUUCCCGGGCAAAGUUAAACCUAGUCCUAGACGAAGAAGCACUUUCAAUGGGUGUUUGAUCUCCAUUGAACAUGCGUUUCAGUCAGGGACAAGGUUUGUCAAAGACUAGGUUCCAGCCAGCGACUAGGUUUCAGUCAGGGUUUCAGGUUUAAUUCGGGAAUAGAUUUCAUUUAGGGUUUCAGGUUUCAGUCAGGGACUAGGUUUCAGUCAGGGUUUCAGGUUUCAGUCAGGGACUAGGUUUCAGUCAGGGACUAGGUUUCAGUCAGUGUUUCAGUCAGGGACUAGGUUUCAGUCAGUGUUUCAGGUUUCAGUCAGGGACUAGGUUUCAGUCCGGUACUAGGUUUCAGUCAGGGUUUCAGUUUUCAGUCGGGGUUUCAGUCAGUGACUAGGUUUCAGUCAGAGUUUCAGGUUUCAGUCAGGGACUAGGUUUCAGUCAGGGACUAGGUUUCAGUCAGGGACAAGGUUUCAGUCAGGGUUUCAGGUUUCAGUCAGGGUUUCAGUAAGGUACUAGGUUUUAGGUUUAAUCUGUGUCCAGGAAACCAGCCUACAGUGAGUGUUUAUCUGUAAAAAAUCUAAUAAUCUGUAAAUGAUGUAGUAAUAUUUUUGUAAUCUAGUCCUCAGGGAAUGAGCCCAUCAACCAGCUGACUGCGGUUUCAUGCUUGAAUUUGAUUUUAAGGUGAAGGAAGACUGUGUAAAAUACUGGGAUACAAUAUUGUGACAUUGUAUUUAUUUAGUGAUUUAAGGACCUUCAUUUCAAAUGUUAUAUUCUUUGUUUAAUUGCCAAUGUGUUACUAAACUUACUUAAAUGAUUUUGCCAAAACAUGAUUUUAUAUUGUAUUUGAGUUUGUGUUACCUCUGAGUCAGCUGAAGGACUGUGGUCGGUAAGUGUCUGAGACUGAUCCCGCCUGAAAACACAAGAUGUAAAGGAAGACACAAACUCAAAUCAAACUACUUCUAGUUGUUGUUAAAUUGAUUUGUCUUGUUGAAGGUUGGUACAUGGUCUUACUAUUAUCCACAGACAACAUAUUACACCUUGUACAUUAGGAACAUUAUUGAAGGAACAUUUGUCAUUGUGUUUUAUGAUCAAAUAAAUGUUAUUAAAAACAAUGGAGCUACAAUCACAUACAUUUUGUAAUACUAUUAACCAAGUACUUUUUCUUCAAGCGCUGCUAUACCCUGUUAUAUGUGAUAUAACCUGAUGGUAUCGAUGCAUGACGAUAGAGUAUCGAUGCAAUGAGACACAACAACCAACGCCUGCAUAUUUUCAAGUUUGCCAUGCCAUGUCGUUAAGUUACACUGAGACAAAAAAAAAUAUUUGUGACACUUGUUAUCUUUGUACAUGUUAAUGAGUUGUCAAUCUACUCAAUGUUUUUGCUUGUUCACGUAAAGCACCAAAUAAAACUCUUUUCUCAUGCUGACAUGAAA